CUGAUACAUAAGAGCUUUUGUCAUCUGCUAGUUGAUGUUCAAAAAAAUGAAAUGAAAUAAUUUGAUGAUCUUCUAUUUCUCACUAUCUUAGUGUCUUGGGUUCCUGCUGUGGUUGCAUUGAUGGCUGUAAAGAUGUAAAGCUGUUAUUUCAGUCUUCACUAAUGUUGUUUUUUCCACUUCCUAUUCUGUUGUUGUUAUUGUUACCAUCGUUUUAUUGUUGUGAAACUGGUAUUGGAAGAGUUUGCAUCCGAAGAGGAGAAGAAGAUAGCAGAAGGUGGUGGCCUGAGUUUACUGGCAUUGGCGGGUCUAUGUUGGUUUCUUAUGCAAUUAUGAUAACCUGAGUUUACAGCAGCUCGUGGUACAGGGAAGCAAGAUUUUGUACUUAGAGAAAGUGUGGAAACUUAUUCUUAAUCUUUCUAAUUGAAACAAAGACCAUGUUGCUUCUGUUGCGGAAGUUUGAACCAACGGCAACCUGGGUGAAGGCUCUCUCUUAAUGGCACAAAAAAUAUUGUGUUAUUAGAACAAUGGUGAAUCAGGGGCACAAAUACUGGCUGUUCCUUACUUCCUACUUCAUCAACUGCCAAGUCAACUCAUCUAGUCAGAGACAGUCAACAGAAAACAAAGAACACCUUCCAUGGAUCUCCUGUGUUUCUUCUCUCUAUAACUCUGAAAACAGAAGAGAGACAGAGACAGAGUUAAAGAUGAAGUCAGAAACAUUAACUUUAGUGUUAGUGAAUUUAGCAGGAAUGAUGGAAAGAGCAGAUGAAUCGUUAUUACCAGGUGUUUAUAAAGAAGUUGGAGCAGCUUUACAUACUGAUCCAACUGGUUUAGGUUCAUUAACUCUUUUCCGUUCAAUAGUUCAAUCUCUUUGUUAUCCAUUGGCGAUGUAUUUUGCUGUUCGUCAUGAUCGUACUCAUGUCAUUGCUCUUGGUGCUUUCCUUUGGGCUGCCGCUACUUUCUUGGUUGGAUUCUCUUCCACAUUCUUUCAGGUGGCCGUUUCACGUGGUUUGAAUGGUAUUGGACUAGCUAUGGUUACACCAGCCAUUCAGUCCCUUGUUGCUGAUUCAACUGAGGACCAUAACCGCGGUGUAGCUUUCGGUUGGCUUGGGCUAACAGGAAAUAUUGGGUCAAUUCUGGGUGGCCUUUUAUCAAUUCUUCUGGCUUCCACUUCAUUCAUGGGUAUUGCUGGUUGGAGAAUUUCAUUCCAUCUCGUUGCAGUUGUAAGCAUCGUAGUUGGAAUUUUGGUGCGAUUGUAUGCUAAAGAUCCUAUGUUUGUAGAGAAAAACAGUGUGAAUGGGGAUUCAAGUCCAGGAAAAUCAUUAUUAUUAGAGUUGAAGGAGUUUCUUGAAGAAGCAAAAUCCGUGAUGAAAAUCCCCUCCUUUCAGAUUUUAAUAGCACAGGGUGUUAGUGGAUCAUUUCCAUGGUCGGCUUUAGCAUUCGCACCAAUGUGGUUAGAACUUAUUGGCUUCACCCACAAAGAAACAGCUUUCCUCUGGAGUAUGUUUCAAGUUGCAUGUUCUAUUGGGGGACUUUUUGGUGGAAAGAUGGGAGACAUACUCUCUAUCCAUCUCCCAAACUCGGGAAGGAUCAUUUUAUCUCAGAUAAGUGCAGGUUCAUUCAUCCCACUAGCAUGGAUUCUGAUGUUUGGAUUACCUGAUGAUCCAUCCACUGCACUCAAACAUGGUCUGGCUUUGUUCAUCAUGGGACUGUUUACGUCAUGGAAUGUCGCGGCGACAAACUACCCAAUAUUUGCAGAGAUAGUUCCCAAGAAAUCUCGAACAAGCAUUUAUGCUUUGGAUCAAUCCUUUGAAUCUGUGUUAGCCUCUUUUGCUCCUCCAAUAGUCGGACUUCUGUCCCAGCAUGUUUUUGGUUAUACACCUGCUCCUCAAGGGUCAAGCCAAUCAGUUGAGUUAGAAACAGAUCGGAAAAAUGCAGCAUCACUAGCCAAGGCACUUUACACAUCAAUAGCUAUUCCGAUUACAAUUUGUGCACUCAUUUACUCAUUCCUAUACUGUACAUACCCUAGAGAUAGAGACCGUGCAAAAAUGAAUGCAGUGAUUGAAUCAGAAAUGGAGCAGUUGGAAUCAGAUAAACUUCCAAUUGAAGGGAAAUACUGUCAGAUUCAGGCUUCUGAAGUUUAUGAAAAGGAAACUGCGAUUGAACUGGACUGCGAAGUAAAGGAUGGUCUCGAAGUCGAUGAUAGUGAUGAAAAGACCCUACUUACCCAUGAGUAAGUACGAUAUCCUGAGUUUAGGGCAUUGGAGGAUCUUUGAUGGUUGUCUUAUGAACAAAAGAUAACACAACUGUUGAUCUGCUCGUUCUGUAAUUGACAGAAGCAAUUCGGGUGAGAAUGAUUAAUUUGUGAUGAAGCUAAACAUAUAAAUCCUGCUGUCAAAGAGCUUUGGGUGGUUGCAGUAUUUGGUGGAAUGGUUGGGAUAUGGGUGAUGAGAAAUGCUAUCAUUUUCGAAGAUGCAAGUUGGUCUUUACAGAAGAUUAAAGAGAAAAUUGUGCAAAAUGUGUAUGAAAACGGAGGAUGUCUGGUAAUAUGUUAAACUGUAUAUGAACUUCAGUUGCUCCAGUUUUGGGGUUGUUUGCAGGCAUAUCAGAAGGGAGAGAAUUAUUGAAUGCAGAUGGAAAUUGCCAGAUUCAAAUCAGAUUGGUGUGAUGGGGCAGCUAGAGGCAAUCCAGGUUUGGCUGGGGCUGGCUUCAUUUGCAGGAAAGAUAAAGGUGAAUUUGUUUACGCAGUGUCUCUUGGUUUGGGAAUUUCAGACAACUACGUGGCUGAAUCGAUGGUAAUUCUUUUGGCUCUGGAGUGAGCAUGUACAAGAGGUUUCUCGCUGUGCAGCUUGUUUCAGAUUCUAAAAGUGUGAUUCAGAGCUUUUUCAAUAAUGAAGUGCUGUGGAUAAUCGUAGCUGGUUGGAAGAGAAUUAGCAUCCAGUUUAGCCAUGUGCACAGGGAGGAGGUAAACUUUUCGGCGGAUAAACUUGCUAAGACGGGCCCUGCUUUGGAUUGUGUGAGCUAUGAAUUUAGACCAGACUUUGGAUUGCGGUAUUAGUUCAGUUUGUUUUUAAAAUAUAUUUAAUUAAAUAUAGGAACACGUCAACAGCGGGGAUAGCUCAGUUGGGAGAGCGUAGGACUGAAGAUCCUAAGGUCAGGUGUUCGAUCCAUCUUCACCGCACAAAUAUUUUUUUAACUUUUUCUUUUCUAGCUUUAGGUUUUGUUGUUUGAGCCAUUUUUUUUGCCUCAUUGCCACAGGCUUGAUAUCUCUACAAAUUUAGAGGAUGAAACUUCCAUCUCAUAUUGUUCUGUUAGUUUACCUAUAUAUGUAGUUUUGCAAGAUUUUGUAAAGAUGUACACUCAAAUUCCUUAAAUCCAUUGCUUCUGUUGGGAAAGUUUGAACCAA